ACGUCAGCAAAAUGUAAUCAAAUUCCAAGGAAAUCAUUGUGAAUGUUAGGAAAGGCUUACGACGAUUCACUUUUAUCAAAAACACAAACCUACGAGUGUUACAAAGCUUUCAAAGGUGAUCGAGAGAUCGUUAAAGACAUGCCUCGAUCUAGACGACCUUCGAUCUCUUCAACUGAUGAAAGUAUUAAAAAAGUGAAUGACAUAAUACUACAAAAUCGUCAGGUAAGUGUUAGACAGAUGCCAAAAGAGCUCGGAAUCUCUCGCGACUCCGUUCGAAUUAUUUUGGGUUUAAUACGCGAUCUUGCUCUACUCGUUCCGAUAAAACUGAAAGAAGAGUACCAUAAACGGGUCUCUUUAGACAAGUUUGAUCGAGCGAAUUCCAAUCCCACAUUCGUGGGAAGCAUAUUAACUGCCGAUAAAACGAGGGUUUAUGAGACAUGCAAAAAAGUCAACAAUUAUCAGAACGGAGACAAAAAAAACAAGCCGAGUUCAAAAAACGACGCCAAAGUCGCUCAAAAAUUAAGGGGACAGGCGGUGAAUAAAGAGUUCCAUAUUGAGGCGUUUGCGUGAGAAAAUCCGUCGAAAACGGCCGGAAUUGUUGAAGAACAACUCAGGGAUUUUACGCGAUGACGAAUUUAAAGCCAAAAAACGCAAUGAAUACAAUUGAUUAACCACCGUAUUCACCGAAUCUGGAUGCGUGUAAUUUUUUCUUGUUCCUCAAACUGAAAUUUGUGCUCCGUGAGACCCGUUUUCGGUUGUCGAUCGAAGAGAUAAAACGAAAUUCGCUGGAGGAGCUGAAAGCCAUCCCAAAAAGUGCUUAUGAAACGAUUUUCGAGAACUAGAAAACUGUUGGUAAAAAUGUAUUAUAUCUGGUGGAGAUUACUUUGAAGGCGACAAUACAAAUAUAGAUGAAUAAUUAAAUAUUUUGCAAACUUUUACAAUUUCUGAGUACUUUUUUGUCACAAUGUAUACUUCAUUGGCUCUUCUUAAUAUGCAUACCAUGUAUCCAUUUUAGGAUACAACAAGUUACUAACAAUAUUGACUGACUGUAAGUUAAAUCCCAGACUUGAUUUUCAAUCAGAAGUUUUAAUUGUUUGUAUCUUAGUUAGCGUUGGUAAGAAAAUACUACAGAAUUCAAAUAUAAGUGGUUAGAAUGAUUUCAAUAUUUCGAUCGAGUGGAGGAAAGUUGGUCCAGAAAUUUGGAAGAAACUUGAUUGUUAAAAAUAUAAAAAAGUUAUAAGAUUUGUUAUUUAUUUUGACUGCAUUCAACUGCUACUCAGAGAUCACAUCAGAGAUCAGCGUCA